AUGGAAGCCGAUCUCGAAAGCACGGUCCUAGACUACGACCCCGAGCGUGUGCGGUGGACGGCCAUCUUCCUUGCGCACUUCGAGCUCAACGCCACUUCGUUCACCAAGGCCCAAAAGACGCACUGGCUGGUCAUCUUCCUCGUUGACAACAAGCUGUACGAGCUUCUCACGAAGAGCUCGUGCGAUUUCUAUUCCAACGUCUACGUGCCGGAGCCUCAUCCUCACGACCCAAGCCUUAUCCUCACCAAAAACAUCGACCCCGAUCACGUCCUGAAGCGCUUUGCCACGCACAUCUCGACGGGCUUUGCAGGAUCGUUCAACCCAAAGCUUUGGCGAGAAGGCGAGAAGCCUGUCCUUCCGGAUUGGUGGUACUCGUCUAAGCGCGACCACCAGAACGUCCCUGACGCCCGCCUCUUCUGGUCCGAAAAGGUCGAAGCUCGCUUGGCCCCAACGCAUCCACAUGAAGCAAACUUGGUACGCAUUUGGCGCAACUUCUUUUCCGUGUUCGACGAGUCUGGGAUCACGGACGAUCAGCGCUUGGAGUACGUCGCUGCUUUCUUCGACUGGUUGGACCCAAUUGUCCGCUCGGCGUUCUAUGCGAGGCCCAUGGGCCAACACUACCCGCUACCGAUCGACAUUAAGAAAAGGCACAGCGCCGACCAAGUGCAAGCAAAUACCACCCCGAUCCAAUACAGCGAUGCCGAUUUGAUCGAUCUCGGCGAGGUCGCUGCUCGAGACGGCUACGACAGCGACGACAAUCAACUCGCCGACAUGGCCGCCUAUACCAGUCAGGUAUGGGCUUCGUUCGAGGACGAGGAGACUCCUCUGAGCUUAUGUGCGGCUCUCCCGGCUGCAUCUCUCCCGUCCGAGGAAGCGCCAGCGUCAAUGGGGGGCACGCUUCCGACAUGCCUCAUCGAGGCCUUGUACCUCAUGGGCGAUGGCUUUCGCCAAAGAUUGGCGUUUCUUCGGGGUCAUGCGAUCAACCAGACCUACGACGCGAUGACGCCAGAAGACCAGCGAGUCCCCUACUCGAACGAGCGAUUUGCGUCCUCGAUGAAUGUCGAGAGCACGUUCUCCUUGCUCAAUGCGAUCCAGAAGCGUGAAGGUCGCGGCUCAGUCGGGAAGCAACGAGUUGACGAUGUUGUUAUCGCCAUGAAGAAGCUCCUACUUGUGCAACUCGAGGACUGCUGGACCAAACGAAAGAAGGACCACAACUACGACGAGCAAACGUACUACAAGAGUAUCAAGGAGCUGUACCAGUGGGAUCACCCCAACGUAGCAAGACCAGUGAAGCGGGGAAGAGCCACGACGGAGUCGAAGUCGGAGAAUCUCGUCCGCGAUGACCCGCAGGCGCGCGCCAACCCUCCAAUACGACAUUACUUCAAGGAUAUGACGAGCAUCAAGCGACCCAAGGGCGUGGGCGAGGACCAAACAUCGUAAUUUAUAUAGACAUCAUCAUUGAUUUAUUAUCAAUAACG